AAUAAUGUAACUUUCAUAUUAUAUAUGUGGCACAACUGUGAACCGCAACUUUAUGUCCAUUCAAGAAUGAAUAAAAUAUAAAACAAAGAGGACUCUAAUUUUUACAUAUUGUUUUUUUUUUUUUUUUUCUCCAAUAAAGUCUCACUUGUACAGAAGUACCUUCAAAUAAUUUGUCUUUUUAUUUUUUGUUGGUAAACCAAAUAAAUUAUCUUACACCUCAAUUUUUCUCUUCCAACUCAAAAACUUUAGACUAACAGCAACCAAUCUCUUUAAGCAAGCCAUCACCAAAUUUAGGCCAAAACUGGAGAAAAAAGAAAGCUUAUCAUGUUUCUUGGUGGUUGGAAGAAGAAGUAGUGCAAAGGAAAAUUCUUGAAGAGACCAAAAAAAAAAAAAAAAUGGUUUGGGAAUCAAGAAAGUGGGUGAUACUCCUAGCAUCAAUAUGGAUACAAGCAUUCACUGGGACAAACUUUGACUUCUCAUCAUACUCAUCUGAUCUCAAAUCUGUUCUUGAUAUAACACAGCUUCAGCUGAAUUAUCUAUCAGUGGCAUCAGACAUGGGAAAAGCAUUUGGAUGGUGUUCUGGGAUUUCACUCAUGUAUUUCCCUUUGUGGGUGGUUAUGUUCAUGGCUGCUUUCAUGGGACUUGUUGGUUAUGGCCUUCAAUGGCUUGUCAUUAUGAGACUCAUCACCUUGCCUUAUUUUGUGGUCUUUUUUCUAUGCUUGAUUGCUGGUUGUAGCAUCUGUUGGUUCAACACCAUCUGCUAUGUCUUAUGUGUGAAACAUUUUGCAGCAAACCGUUCACUUGCAUUAUCAUUAAGUAUUAGUUUCAAUGGUGUAAGUGCAGCUUUGUACACUCUCCUUGCCAAUGCAAUAAACUCAAGUGAUGACACUCUUUAUCUCUUACUCAAUGCCAUUGUUCCUGUACUCAUUUCUUUACUAGUACUCUUCCCAAUUCUCCACCAACCACAGCCUCAACCACAUUCUGCUGAUACCCUUCAAAGGGAUUCCUUGGUUUUUCUCUGCCUCAACAUCCUUGCCAUUGUUACAGGCCUCUACCUCCUCUUCCUAUAUUCCUUCUCUUCUAACAGCGCCACCAUGGCUCGUGUUAUCCUUGCAGGUGCCAUUUUCCUCCUUGUACUACUCUUGUUCUUGCCUGGCAUUGUGUAUUCUAGAGAAUGGUCUUGCUUAACUUUCCCAACAAGCUUUUCCCUAUACAAUUCAAGGUUCAAUGUUAUUGACCCUGAUGACCAUGAUCAUGAUCUUCACAAAGAACUCAUUGGUGAUGAGGACAAUGCAAGGAAUGGCAAUGCUCAAAGUAUAAGAGAAAAGAAGUGUUGUUUUGUGAAUGUGUUGGAGAGAGAGCAGAUUACAACGCUAGGGGAAGAGCAUUCAAUAAGGUUGCUAAUGCGUAGAUGGGACUUUUGGUUAUACUACAUUGCAUAUUUCUGUGGAGGAACAAUUGGUUUGGUUUACAGCAACAACUUGGGACAAAUUUCACAAUCACUUGGACACAGUUCUCAGACUAGCUCUAUUGUCACACUUUACUCCACAUUUUCCUUCUUUGGUCGCCUUCUAGCAGCUGCACCUGACUUCUUGAGCGGGAAGAUACACUUUGCAAGAACUGGAUGGUUUGCAGCAGCCCUGGUUCCAACACCAAUUGCAUUCAUUUUGUUGGCCAUAUCUGGCAGUGAAACAGCAUUGCACAUAGGAACCAGCUUGAUUGGGCUAAGUUCUGGCUUUGUGUUUUCUGCAGCAGUAUCUAUUACAUUAGAGCUAUUUGGCCCAAACAGUGUUGGUGUGAACCACAAUAUCCUCAUCACCAACAUUCCUUUAGGCUCAUGUCUUUAUGGCCUUCUUGCAGCUUUGAUUUAUGACUCCAAUGCAACAAUGAACCCAACAAAGCACACAACAACAACAUGGCUGCGUGAAAUGUCCAUGUGCAUGGGGAGGCAGUGCUACUUUCAGACAUUUAUAUGGUGGGGUUGCAUUUCAGUCAUAGGAUUGGUUUCAAGCUUCUUGCUUUUCAUGAGGACUAGAAAGGCUUACGACAAUUUUGAAAAAAUUGAAAAUAGGAAUAGAAUGUAAAAGGGAAUGGAUCCUCUCAAUGUGACAUGAACUCGUGUGAGAGGAUAUCAAAUGUCCAAAUACAAAUUAAUAAUUAUUACUUUUUACUCUUUAUUUUAAUACAUUCUCUGGUCAUGGUUAAUUUGUAGUAAAUGUAAAAUCUUCUCAGAUGAUCUUAUGUUAUAUGAGAGAUCCAUUCUCUAACGUAUACAAAGAAUAUUGUACCAUGCUCAAUGUAAUAGGAUCAAUCACAAAUACCAAAAAUAGGAUAUGAUAUUUAUCUCUACUCUUA